UGUUUUUGUCUUUUAGAAAACAUAAUGAGUUUUUCAAAUCCAAACUAUCAUCUUGACCCUGCUGAUGAAAACCGAAACCAGGAGCUUUUAGGUGAGUCUGGCUCUGAUGAAGACGAUCCACUAUAUGAUAGCUUGGAUGCUGUGUGCAAGAUCAAUCGGAAACCUUCGAUAAAGAGCAGACGAAGCUAUGCUCAGCUAAAGAUUGAAUCCAUGGGGGUGGAUCUUAACACUGACCCAGCAGAUGCCUUGGAAAAUGAACGUUUGUUAGAACCAGACAGUGAAAAUAACAUUACUACAUCUGCUGGAGAUCAGACACCAAACGUCUUCACUGCUACAACAUCAUCGGACGAUAAUGACAAUGUAAAGAAGGAUUCUAAUGAUAACGAAAACCGAGACCGUGCGGCUGAAAGACGGACAAAUAGUUUUCUUGACUACUACCUUGGACUUGAAUCUGCUUCGUUACAAUUAAGUGAAUCGCCGUUUGAACACCAAAGUGACAGCAGCUCCGAAAAUGAUGUAAAGAAACAAGAAACCAGCAGAGAAGUUCAUGAAGUGAAUCGAGACAAAGAUGAAGCAUUUGAAAGAGAAAUUCCUCACAUCCAGGGAAGCCUAACUAAUGACUUGUAUGCUGUUCCUAUGAGGAAGAAAGUAGGAAAAACAGACAGUGAGAAGGAUUCUCUGUCUCAUAGUAACUCUCUUCAGGAAGAUACGAGCAAUACUUCAAGUGAUGCUGAUGAUGAUUUGUUACCUCGUGGAUGGGAAAAACAUGAAGACGACAGUGGACCUUAUUACUGGCAUAUCAGUAGCGGUACCAUCCAGCGAGAAGCCCCUCCACCUAUGCCACUCAACGAAAGAAGCAGAGCAAGAAAAAUCUCCAAGGGCUUUCACUCGCAGGUUUCACACGGUACUCCUGAGCCAACCUCUCGAUAUAAACCUACAUGGUCUUCUGUUCCAUCAUCAAUGCAAGAUGUAAGACCUUCAAGGAAGUGGGAAAAUCAAAUAAAGUAUAAACCCAUCAGAUUUGCUGUUCGUUCUCUGGGCUGGAUGGAGAUAGCUGAAGAGGAUUUGACACCAGAAAGAAGCAGUAAAGCAGUGAAUAAGUGCAUUGUUAACCUUAGUGUUGGAAGAAAUGCCAUCUUAGACGUUGUGGGUCGCUGGGGUGAGGGAAAAGAUUUGUACAUGGACCUGGAUGACUACUGCCUUCGACUGAUACAUCCUCAAGACAUGAAUGUCCUAAAUACACAACCUAUCCACACCAUUAGGGUGUGGGGAGUAGGCCGUGACAAUGGCAGGGAAAGGGACUUUGCUUACGUGGCUCGUGACAGGUCUACCCGAAAGCAUAUGUGCCACGUUUUCCGAUGUGACAUUCCUGCUCGAAUUAUUGCUAACACCCUAAGAGACAUCUGUAAGAAAAUCAUGCUGGAACGUAGCCUUCAACAUAACCUGGCUAAACCAGUGGGUGGGCACGAAAUUUCCGCAGAUCACAUGGUAAACCAUCAGAAGUUUACAUGGCAAGGAGGAGCAGUGCGACCCACAGAGCUUCCUAUUGAUCAGAGAAGGCUUAGACUUUCUAAUUCCAACACCUUUCAAACUUGUAAGCUUCUUCAUCACAUUUUGUACCUUCAUAAUGAUGAAGAAAAGCUUCUUGUGGAAUGCAGAGUACGCUUCUUAUCAUUCUUGGGAAUUGGACGUGAUGUGAAAUAUUGUGGAUUUAUAAUGCAUACUGCUGAUGAUAAGUUUAUGGCCUAUGUUUUUUAUUCUGAGCCUUCUACUGGAGCUUUGUGUAAAACAAUUGAAGCUGCAUGUAAA